AGUGACAGAGAUCUGAACUACAUGGAACUGAAAUACCAAACCACACCUCGGCUCUGAGAGGCGGCUUCCUGACCUCAACUCUGCAGCCUGGACAGUAUUUAAUAAGCAGAGUUCCUGUCACCUGGAUUGCCUGAAUCUUCACCGCUCACCUUGAGGUCUAUAAUGAAAAGCACCAGCCCCCUGGGGAACCCUGGGGUUGCCUUGUUAUUUCUUGCAUGCCCCCUGCUGGUGAUGCUGAGAUGCACAGCCAGUAAAACAGACAAUGGGAAUGUUGCAGAAACGGACCCAGAGAGAUGCAUGAGGCACCACUUUGUGGACACAAUCAGCCAUCCUUUGUAUAAAUGCAACUCUAAGAUGGUCCUUCUUGCACGCUGUGAGGGGCGCUGCAAUCAGGCCUCCAGGUCGGAGCCUGUCAUCUCCUUUAGCCCCAUCCUCAAGCAGCCCUUCAGGUCCACCUGCCACUGCUGCCGGCCCCACACGUCCAAGCUGAAGGCUGUGCGUCUGCGCUGCACAGGGGGCACCCGCGUCACUGCCACCUACCGCUACAUCCUGUCCUGCAACUGUGAAGAGUGCAGCUAAUCCCUGGAGAGGAGGCCACACCCCAGGGCCAUCAUUAGCACCUGCGUAUGUGGGUUCAUAUAACCAACACAGAAUGCUGUUUUUUUGGUACUAGCACAGAACAAGCAAUAGGGAACCUAAUGAUGCGAUAAAAACAUUUGCUGUUGAAUCCCUGUGAGCAAAUCACUUUAUUUAACAGGGAAGAGUGUUACUUGGAGACAAUAGUGUACAUGGAGACAAUAGUCUCCCUCUCUAGUAUAACAUCCUCCACUGAAGGCUGUUGUGUCCUCAUUCAGUCAGUGCACUGCCCUGUUGUUGCCAGAUUAACCAUAUGACAUGGGCUUUCACAGCGCCCCCUGUGUGCAAUUUUUUUAUUACGUCACUGUGUUUCCCAGUGCUUGUUCGGUGCCAAUACCCAAAUGCAGCACUGUGUUGGCUACAUUAGCUACAGAAAUGAUGGCUAUACCCCAUGAGACUUUCUUCUUGAAACUGCAACAAAACUGCUUACUACUGAAAUGGAUCUCUAAAAGCCUUGUCUACCACACAAUGUUAUUUUAUUGUAGGUUAUCAGCUUCUUUUAAUUUAUAUCAGCAAUUAAACUGGACCCUUAUUGAAAAGUUUGAAAAAUACCAAAUAUUUGCAGAAACUCUAGCAGUACCAUUAGCAAGCACUACAUUACCAGAAAUGACAAGUCAACAUCAAUGCAUUUUGAAUGUUUGGUUCAUACCAUUUCCCCUUGCUGUGGGACUGAUGCAUUAUUAUUGUAGUGCCACUGCAUUGCUGGAAGAGAGGUGUUUUAGAGACCCCACAAACCAGCAUCUCAAUGACACACGAGACACACAUCAGGUCCCAACAAGAAAUCAAGGACAAGGACAAACCUGCAAGCUUUGGAUUGGUGAGUGACCCCCUAGCAGAACUCUUAAAGAUAAGCUAGAAAGAACCAUUCCGACCACCAGACUGCUGUUUUUUUACUUUUUAAACCAUUAAGUCUGAAGUCUUUUUUGUUUGUUUUUUUUUUUUCACAAGAGACUCCUUAUUGUUUCUGAACUGCUACUGAAAUGAAAUUGGAAAGUGAACUUUUGACAAAACUAAACUGCUUUCCUUAUUAUGGGAAUCCGACCUUCAACAGUGCUUACAGUCCUUCAUUCUGUUUUGUUGACACUCACACAAGCAAAUGAGGUGUAUUAACAGUAAGCGUCUAAUUCUUCCAAUGUUUGAACCUUGUAUUCUAUAUGAGACUAAACAUCUAAAUGAAAUAUAACUUCUAAAGUGGUCUAUAUUUUACAAAUGUGAUGGCUUAUUUGCAGGUUAUAGAGAAGAGAUUCCAAUUAGAAUGUCUCUUUUAAUGCCUCAUAUAAACUACAUCAUGAAACCAGCCUGUAAAAUAUCAUCUCAUUCCAACACUGGGGCUGAAAUGUGCACUUUGGGUUGAAUCAAUGUUUAAUAUGAAUACACGUUUACUCUUCAUGUCUUGGCG